AUGCCUCCAAAGCGCAAUAGAGUGCAAGGUGGCAAUGCCAGGAGUCGAGCGUCUGCUGUGCCGCAGGGAGAUCGUCAGAGGAGAGCGAAGCCGGAGUCUGAGGGUGAGACAGACCAACCCGCCGCGACCCACAUAAGAGCGGAGUCGCAGCAACCACAGUGGACCAUGAGCAGCACCGUAAAGGAAAUCCUGAUGGAGGGAAGCACUAGCAGGACCGAAAUGAAGCUGAACGAUUUCCUUCGGAGCAACUUGGGCGGCAGGGGCGUUGUGAGAAGAAAUGGGAACGUCGUUAUGGAGGCGUUUGUUCAGGAGCCGGAUGAUUACGUACAAGACCAGCAGCUUCUUAGAAGAAUUCUUAAUUUAACUGCGUACCAAGAGCUGGAGGCUAUUUAUAAGCUUCGUCACGAGGGUGUGUUCUCUCUCGAGCAAUGGAGGGAAUAUGAAGGAAAGGAUACGGUCACUCCACUUGCAAGGGGAAAACUAAACGCAGCCCUCACUCAGAUACAGAAAACAGAACGGCUUGAGGCAAUGGAAAGGCUAAGGCGUGAGGAAGAAGAAAGGCAAAGACGACUGCAAGAAAUGAAAUUUACCAUUUCCACCACGAUCGAAGAAGUACUGUUCAAAGGGGAAUUUCGCUACAAGGAAAUGAAGCUUAACGAUUUUCUUCUGCUGAGGUUUGGCGGAAAGGGCGUUGUGGACACAAAGGAGAAUGUCUUGCUGGAGGACUUUGUAAAGGAACCGGCGAGGUAUAUCCACGAUACGGGAGUAUUGGGCGAAAUAAGGACAACAGGCGCUUAUUUGAGGAUGGAGAGGGCUGUAAGGGAUGAAAAGGAUAAGGAGGAAGAUGUAUGCAGGCUUAAGCAGGCUGGUGUGUCCAAUUUACAGAAAUGGUCCGAAGCUGCUGCGGAGGUAAAAGAAAACGUUCAUGAGAUCACUAAAAGUUUUUUGGAUGCAGCCCUUGAGGAGGUGAGGAACCCAACGACGUCGAGUGCACCGAUAUACCUGGAGGGAUGCUACGAGUCCGUGUACAAUGCGAGGUGGCAUCAUGUCGUGGAAGUCCCUGGCGGCGAGGGGACGGUAAUGGAUGUGAAGGAGGGGAAACCACCGCAGUCAUGGACGUACAAGGCGGUUGGCAACACUCUUGAAAAGGAUGACGGUGCAGAGCAAUCCGGUGAAGCACCUCCCAGGCUGAUGGUGCUCACCUCGGACAAGGCAUGGCCGUACAGAUGGGAACGGGGGAAGAGUCGAUUUAUUCAUGACUGCUAUGUGAACUGUGAGGUGGAUCGAGUGUGGCGGAUCGUCAAGCGCGAUCUCACCAAGUGGUUCAACAGUCUUCCUGGGGCCGACUUUAGGCCUGAUCCGCGUGUGUUAAUUGGGACGCCCGGGAUCGGGAAGUCGAUGAAUGCCGGUUCGUACCUCCUCUAUCAGCUGCUGCACUGCGAUACGGAGCGACUCCAAAUGGUUGCGUACGUUAUUGCGGAUCGAAAAUUUCUUUUUGACAAGACCGCCAAAACGGUGAAAAAAUACAGUGCGGCGUCUAAUAUCGUGGAUCUUUUGGACGGGUUGUCUGACCGUGGGGUGAAAGGGUAUAUUAUCUACGACGUGGCAAUGAGGGGUCAUGAACCGCCUGCAGGUUUGCCUUGCAAGGGAUGGGGCAUGAUUGUGGUGACUUCACCGAACACAAGGAACUACGAAUCGUGGGCAAAGCAAAUGGACGCUACUGCAAUCAUAAUGAAUUGCCCUGACGAGAGCGAUGUGAGGGCAAUGUGCGUUUGGAAGGAGCACAAUGGGCAGCUUGAGGAGGAAGAAGCGGAGGAAGAAGUGGGGGAAGAAGCGGGGGAACAAACAGAGGAAGAAGAGGAGGAAGAAGAGGAGGAAGAAGAGGAAGAAGAGGAGGAAGAAGCGAAGGAACAAGCGGAGGAAGAAGCGGGGGAACAAGCGGGGGAACAAACAGAGGAGGAAGAAACGGAGGAAGAAGCGGAGGAAGAAGCGGACUACUGGAAAAAGGUGAAGAAGCGCAUGAAUAAAGUGGGGCCGAUUCUCCGCUUCAUCUUUAAUGAAAAAAAAUGUAACUCUCGCUUUGUCGCGUGUAAAGAUGCCGUGAAUGAUAUCGCCGCUUCGUUGUUACAGUAUUACGCUGGUAUUGGAACUGGCAAGUCGUGCAACGGCAAUCAUGUUUCUCACAAGCUUGUGAAGGUUGCCCGAGUACGAAGAGGAAGGAACAUUGAAUCGCCUUUGAAUGUACUGAUAUCUCCCCACCUCGAACGCAAAACAUUGGCCAAGAUGGAAAUAGAAUUGAAGCAGACGGAUUUUGUUUUUCUUGUAUUGAGUAUUUGGGAUUAUGUCAUACCUUAUCUUCUUGAAAAGUAUGCCGUAUCCGCAUUUUUGAAUAAUGAUUUCCUGAGUGCGAUAAGACCUAAAAUUAAAGAACUGAAGCCAGAGAAACGAAGUGAGUCACACACCUGUGCGCUGAAAGAGCAUUCGGACAAAAGAUUAACCAGAAAAGAGUUUUUACAAGUACCAGACAACCCUUCUAAUCGGAUCGCCAUAAAGUACUGGGUGCUGUAUCAACCGAAGGUCAAAAACUUUCCGUUGGUGGAUGGCUUUUUCUUCGUGGACUCAAAUCCGAAGAUCAUGGUUGGGCUGCAGAUCACUACGGCAGGUGAGCAUCACACCAUACCCAGCACUGUGAGGCAGUUCAAUGAGCGUAUGGUGGCAUAUUUUAAUGAUUGGGGGGAAUUAUCUCGAGAAAUGUUGUGGGAGAUUGUUUAUGUGCAGCACAAAGACAACAAGCCGCUAACUGGCUGGCAGAGAUGCGGUCCCGUCAAUACCGAUAAUUUGAGCGACGCUGAAAAAGAAAUUGUGGCAUUCUGGGAGGAAAAGGUGCAUCAGUACCAAGUAAGAGUAUCAGCCGAUGACAUCAAACGAAGAAAAGCUCCCAGGGUGGGGAAAAAACCAAGGAAAUACAAGCACAAAUUGGGGAAUUAA